ACUCACUUCUGUGGCCCCUCCUCGCUCACCACCAAAAACUACAUACGGUACUAUGGUCACCUCCACACCAAACACUACACCAAGUCAACAAGACAGACUCCACAAAAUUAGCCAGGAUGGAUCCCCAGAUGCUUUCUUUGCCAACGGAAAGUGAAGAUGAUGUGUACAGAAGAAAAACCACACGGAUUCGUAAAAAAGUUGCAGAAGUCGAGGAAGAAUGUGAGAAGCUUGCCGUGAAAAUUUAUACUGCAAAACGAAACAUUCAGCGGUUCCGUUUGGAGCAGCAGUUGUUAAUGAACGAACUCGAAAGUCGGAAUGUUCCCUUAUCGGCACAUCAACACACAACGGUAAAAACGGAGGAACAGAUUUAAAAAAAAAGGGCCCCUUUCAUAGUCACUAAAUCGUAAAAUGCACACUAGAACGCACCCCAGAUUUCUUUUCUUGUAAGGGACGAGACUGAAACAAUGUCGAGAACUUGGCUCUACAUGAGACGAAAGUCCACCUGUUUGAAUAACAGUUAGCGCAUCCAUUUUUGCAUUAGUGCGAACCUAAACCCUUAAGACUUACCGCUAUACUUAACACAGCGACGACAACCAAAACUGUCAACAGAAGCACCAGAAUCCACUCGAGUGAUUCGUCGUGAGUGUGUGUAAUCUGCUCUUUCAGCAUAGACAGGAGGUCUCCAAUCACCUCUACUCGCUGAUUUAACAAGGCUACGCGCUGAUUAAUCUCAAGGUAAGACCGUGCAGCAGAAUAAAUUGGUUCAAGAUGUGGCUCUGUCCACAUCAGCUCUGGGCUAUCCAACACACUACCUUGUAAGUUGAUGUUGAUUCGGAGGAUGAAUAGUUGUCCCACUGCCAUCAUAAUUUCUUCUCGACGAAGCAUGACCCUGCCGGACUCGGCAAUAUACUGAGGAAUAUCUUUCAUAGCAUCAAUCGUUUCAUUCACCAAUUCUUCAAAAAGAGAUAUCUAUUGCAGGCGCAUGUGUGUGAGAAUGUGGCCCGAAAACAUAAAAAGCGUAUAAACAGCUCCACGUUCGUCGAGCAAAAAAAGUGUGUACAUACCUUUACCGAUUGAGCAAUUGCGUGCGAAAUGGACAACCGCACCAUAUAGGUAGAUGUUUCUCUGAGCGCAAUAAAAUCGUUAAAUAUCUGUUGAGCAACAAAGUUAGUACUUGGAAACGGCCAUUACCAAAGCAGACAACAAAACUCACUCUAGGUUGAUACAGGGUUGUAAUAU